AUGCAGGCAGAAACAGAAGAGGUAGAUGGAACAGAAAAGAAGGAACCAAAUAAAAGUAAUUCAGAAAAGAUGAACAUGAACAAAAGAGAAGAGGUGGACAAUCAAAGGCGGAAGGAAAAUGCAGCAUUUACUCAGCAGGAAGCAAUGGAUUUUGCGCAGUGUAUUAAUAGUUGUGCACUUUUGGAGGUUCCUUUCACUGGAACAAGAAGAAAGAAGUUACAUACAUCAGAGAUCACAAAUGAGAGAGGAGAGAAAGUUCAAGCAAAUCAGCUAAUUGGUGAGGCAGCGGUGGCUUUUUUCGUGGAACAAUUCCAGGAAAAUGAGUCCAAUCAGGAUUUCACAAUACUAAACCACAUUCCUAGGCUGAUUACUACUGAUGCUAACGAGGCGAUGACAGAACUGCCAAAGGAAGACGAAGUGAAAGGUGCAAUUUUUGAGCUAAAUGGCGAGAGUGCUUGUGGGCUGGAUGGUUUUUCAGGCCUUUUUUUCCAAAGUUGCUGGGAGCUGGACAUGGCAAAGGCUUAUGACAGAGUUUCUUGGAUAUUUCUAACGAAAGUCUUGAGAAAAUUUGGGUUCUCAGAGAUCAGCAUUGACAUGGUUUGGAGGGGCUUAAAGCAGGGAGACCCCCUAUCACCUACUCUAUUCAUAAUUGCAGCCGAAGUACUGGCAAGACGGUUGAAUAAUCUGCAUGAAGAUGAAAACUUCAAGGGAUACAGGAUGCCCAAGUGGAGUCUUAAAAUUAAUCACCUCUCAUACGCGGACGAUACCAUUCUAUUUGGCUCAGGGGACAUACAUUCAAUAAUACAAUUGAUGAUAGUGUUAAGGGAGUAUGAGAAAGUCUCGGGUCAGAUGAUUAAUAAAUCUAAAAGCUCUUUUUAUCUUCAUGAAAACACACCAUUGAUAGUUGCAAUUAGGUUGAGAAGAAUUACAGGGAUCAGGCAAGGAAACUUCCCUUUUACCUAUCUUGGGUGCCCAGUUGUUUAUGGCAGGAAGCGAAAGUCUUAUUUUGAAGAGUUGAUAAGAAAGAUUGCUAGAAGAGUACUGUCAUGGCAAAACGAAUUCCUCUCAUUCGGUGGCAAGUAUACUUUAAUCAACCAUGUGCUUCAAUCUCUUCCAGUGUACCUAUUAUCUGCCAUGAAUCCUCAUAAAAGCGUUAUUAACCAAAUCCACCAAUGUUUUGCAAAAUUCUUUUGGGGAAGCGGAAGCUUAAACGGUAAACACUGGGUAAUAUGGGAAGACAUGUGUUUACCUAAAGAUGAAGAAGGGUUGGGGUUCAGGUCCCUCUAUACUGUAAAUGAUGCACUAUUUGCAAAGCUUUGGUGGCAUUUUAGAGUCUCAACCACAUCUCUAUGGAGCACGUAUAUGGGGAAUAAGUAUUGUAAAAAGCUCCAUCCUGUGUUAGCUAAAAGUGUGGGGUCUUCACAUGUAUGGAGGAAAAUGGUGGCCAUAAGAGAGGAAGUGGAACAUGACAUUUGGUGGCAAGUAAAAGCUGGAAAUUCCAGCUUUUGGCUUGACAACUGGACUAAACAAGAGGCAUUGUAUUAUACAGAAGGUGAAUCUGCUAGGGAGGAGGAAAUAGAAGUAAGAGAGUUCAUUACAAAUGACACUUGGAGGAUAGAAAAGUUGAAUGAGUACAUUUCAGAAGAGAUGGUAGAAUAUAUCGUGGAGAGCAUCAAGUCCCUCACUUCCAAAACAAAUGACAAAGCUUGGUGGAUGGGAAACUCAAAUGGGAUUUUUACUGUUAAAUCUGCAUAUCAUAUUUUGAGGCAGAGAAGACAACCAUUGGAGUGGAGGAGUUGCAUGUGGAUAAAAAGAAUAUCUUUUAAGAUAUAG